CGCGAUCGAUAGUUCAAUUUCGGCGAGGUCUUCUUCUCUGUAAGGCGAAAUACAAAAACACCUAGAGAGAGAGAGAAAGGAAAUGGCGAGCGGAGGCGGCGCUGGUGGAAAGGUGUCGUUCAAGGUCACACUCACAUCCGAUCCAAAGUUACCAUUCAAAGUAUUUAGCGUUCCUGAAGCUGCUCCAUUCACUGCUGUUCUUAAAUUCGCUGCCGAAGAAUUCAAGGUCCCUCCACAGACCAGCGCCAUAAUUACCAAUGAUGGUGUAGGAAUCAAUCCCCAACAGAGUGCAGGUAAUGUUUUCCUUAAGCAUGGGUCUGAAUUGAGGCUAAUUCCGCGAGACAGGGUUGGGUUUUCAUGAAUCAAAAUCAUUGAUUGACAUGGUAUUAUGACUUAUAGACAAUUUUAUAAUCACUUUUCCUUUCAUUUCCUUGCUGGUGUGUCCUGCUUGUUUUUAUUCUCUAUAUUAUUUAUAACCUAAAUAAUAAAUAAACUAACAUUUAUAAUAAUAAUAAUAAUAAUGUUCCAUCUAAUAAUUAUUUGAAUUCCCCAUAUAAAAUUGUCUAACAUGUAUGUAUGUUUGUAUUAAUUGAUUUUGUUUGUUGGAUAAUGAUUUAGUCUAAUCUGUCUGUCUGCCAUCUCAUUGGUCGGUCGAUUGGUGUA